AUGAGUAAGGCAAUUUGCAUAGAUAAGUUAAAAACUUUAAUCAUUGAGCUUGCUGUGGAUAUAGAUGACCGGUUAAAAACCAAUCUUACAACUGAUGGAAGAAGUCUGUUAUAUGCCAUAUCGUUUUGGGUCCAUCAAUUAAUUUUCGUUAAGGAAUAUGAAUAUGAUCCAUGCUUAGAUAAUUAUAUUAGAUAUCUUCUUAAUGAUAUUAAAAACUUCCUUGUUAAUUAUAGUAAUAUCGAACGUAUUGUAGGUGAAAUCGCUUUCUUUUAUCACGAUCUUGGAAAUUUAUGUGGUGAUUCUAAUUGA